AUGUUCUCUCCCUCUCUCUUCUCUUUAUAUCUCUUUUUAUCUCUCUCUCUCUCUCUGUCUUAUCAUUAUCUCCACUAUUCACACAAGGUCUUACCAAUUUGA